CCCAUGCAUAGGAGCACAACACCAUGGAAUUCCAUAUUUUUAUACCAAUUAGCUUCAAUCACAAGCUAAAAUCUACCCCAAUUUUACAAGUCAUCCUAUUAUUCUCAAAAUAAUAUUCAACUUACUAUAAAUAUUUAUAUACUUGUAUGAAUGAAAAUUCAAAACAUAUAAAAAAUUUUAGGCCAUGAAAUACAAUGAGAUAUCUCAUUUUAGUCACCCACGACAUAAUCUCAAAAUUGAAUAUACAGAAGUACCCUUUAACUGUGAUGGGUGCAAAGAAAUAGGCAUAGGAACAUGCUACAAAUGCAAUUUAUGUGAUUAUGAUCUUCAUAUGCACUGUGCAAUUCCUAGUCCUACAAUCUACCAUCCUUUCUACCCCAAAUGUGCCUUUGUGUUUAUGUCACGGCCUCCUGGGAACGUGCCUCGCUAUUGCAACGCCUGCGAAAGGGCUGUUUCGGGGUUUUUGUACCAUUGUAACUCAUGUGGCUUUGAUCUCCAUCCUUGUUGUGCUAAGCUUCCUACAAUGUUGGAUGAUGGGGAGAUCAAGUUGUAUCUUUAUAGGAAGGUGAGUGCACCAUGUGAAAGAUGCGGAAGAAAAGGACGAAGUUGGAGCUAUAGAACAUCAGAUAAGAAGUAUAAUCUACAUGUAGCAUGUGUUAAAGAUAUACUGAUGGAGAGCUGGCAAGACAUAUUGUACUACGGGCACGGACCUAGCCGUACGAUUACUCGUGGUGGGACUAGGCCAAUUGAACAAGUUCCUGGCCUAAAAGGGGCCUUACUACAAACACAUAGUCAUAGGUAUAAUACCAGUAGUUCUUCAAAGAGUAAGGGAUCUUCUAAGGUUCUAAAAUGCUGUGAGAUGGCUGGAAUGACAUUACAGUUUGUUAUUUCUGCUGUUCUUGGUGAUCCCACUACUUUAAUUGCUGGGGUCAUUGGCUCCUUCUUGUCUAGAUAGCUCCAUUGGACGGCUCGGCCAUACUUUGAUGUCUUAAUACUCAUAAAAUAGAGUUGUUUGAAAUGUGAGUUUUACAAGUGAAUAUAUAAUUAAGUCCUAGCUCGUUUCGCGUAACAAUUUAUUUUUAAUUAUUACAUUUUUAAUUAUGGGUCUUUGGUAGUUGUCUUUUAUAUUAGCUUUUUAGUUUAUUUUUAGUUUAUUUUUACUUUUGGUUUGUGGGUUGGUUAAACAGUCAACAAAAGUGUUUGAUAAACGGCUUUUAAACUAGCUGAAAAGCUGAAUUUUAAGCCAAAAUCAAAAAGCUACUCCAGUUAGCUUUUUAUGUUGGCUUUUGGCUUGUGGACCCACUUUUUCUAUAAUAAACAGCCAACAGCCAGUGUCUAAAUUUACCAAACAUCUUCAUAAACAGCUGGCUUUUUAGCUAGCUUAAAAGCCAACAAAAACAGCCAAUAUUUUCAGCUGAUUAAACAAGCCAACUAAAAAAGCCAGCAACCAAUAAUUAAUAGAGAAUUGCCAAACACUCAUAUAUGUGAGGUUGAAUACAUGUGUUGUGUGUGUGAAGUGGUAUAUAUACAGUUGUCUAAUCAAUGUCACAUUCAAAAAAUUUGUUAAGUGAAGACUAAUACAAUUGUUAGAAAAAAAUUGGG